AUGGAUGCUAUGAGUCGCACUUUGCAAAAAGCAGCUCGGUGCCCAUUUUCGGACGAAAUCGAGCGGGCCAAAAUGCCAAACAAGUUUACCCACCCACCAUUCAAUUGCUACGAUGGGAAAACUGAUCCAGUAGAGCACGUCAAUCAUUAUAUUCAAAUGAUGUCUUUGCAUACUCAUAAUGAUGCGUUGAUGUGCAAGCUAUUUCCUUUGAGUCUGGGACCAACUGCUUUAAGGUGGUUUGACGGGUUACGGAAAGGAUCCAUACGUAUUUUUUCCGAGCUAAUUCAGGAGUUCAGCAUUUGGUUUGUGACCUGUAGCCGAGUGCCUCAGCCGGUAGAUGCGCUUCUGUCAAUGAAAAUGAGGGCAGGAGAGACCCUCCGUAGUUAUGCCAGCCGAUAUUGGGAGCUAUACAAUGAGAUAGGUGGGGAUAACAAAAAGGUCGCAGCAAGCACUUUUAGGAUGGGGUUGCCCGAGGAUUCCGGGCUACGAGAGUCGUUGACCAAGAAGCCUCCCGAAGGCAUGCAGCAGCUUAUGAGACGCAUUGAGGAAUAUAAGCGAUUAGAGGAUGACCGGCUGUAG